GGGGCGGGGCGCGUCGGGGGCGGCGUCGUGUCCCGGCCAUGGCGGACGCGGCGGCCUCCCCGGUGGGGAAGCGGCUGCUGCUGCUGUUCGAGGAGGCGGCGGGGCCGGCGGGGCCGGCGGGGCCGGGGGGCGCGGGGGCGGGGGGCCCGGGGGGAGCGGGGCCGUGCGGGCCCGGGGGGUCGCCGCUGCGCAGCCGGGCCUGGCGGGCCGGGACGGUGCGGGCCAUGAGCGGGGCGGUGCCCCAGGACCUGGCGAUCUUCGUGGAGUUCGACGGUUGCAACUGGAAGCAGCACUCCUGGGUGAAGGUCCACGCCGAAGAGGUGAUCGUCCUGCUGCUGGAGGGCUCCUUGGUCUGGGUCCCCCGGAAAGACCCCUUCCUGCUGCAGGGGACGAGGGUCUCCAUCCCCCAGUGGCCCGCCCUGACCUUCACCCCUUUGGUGGAUAAGCUGGGUCUGGGUUCGGUGGUUCCGGUGGAAUUCCUUCUCGAUCGAGAGCUUAGGUUCCUGUCGGAUGCCAGUGGGCUGCGUCUGUUCCAGAUGGGGACGGAGAGCCAGAACCAGAUUCUCCUGGAGCAGGCGGCGCUCAGAGAGACGGUCAACGCGCUCAUCAGCGACCAGAAGCUGCAGGAGAUCUUCAGUAGAGGUCCCUACAGCGUUCAAGGCCAGAGGGUGAAGGUCUACCAGCCGGAGGGCGAAGAGAGCUGGCUGGGCGGCGUGGUCAGCCGCCAGGACCCCAUCACCCGGCUCAUGGACGUGUCUGUGACCGAGACCGGCGAGAUCAAGUCAGUGGAUCCCAGGCUGAUACACGUGAUGCUGAUGGACAACUCCUCCACGCCUCAGAACGAGGGGAGCGCCCUCAAAGCGGCCAAGCACUCCAAAGGGAAGAAGAAGAGAGAGAGCGUGGAGGUCAAGGACAGCAGGCGGAGGAAGAGCGGCCCAGACGCCCCCUGCGACCCGGCCACCAAGAGGCUGAAGGGCGAGCGGGGCGAGGCGGACAGCAACGGGGGCGACGGGGGCGAGGUCAGCAGGGGGCCCUGGAAGGGGCCCGCCGCCGGAGGGGACCCAGGCCCCGACCACAGGACCAAGCCGCUGCCUCCCUUCGUCCCCCCGCUCAACCGGAACAUCCGCUUCGCCACGUACACCAAAGAGAACGGCCGGACCCUGGUGGUCCAGGACGAGCCCCUGGGCGGGGACGAGGCCGGCCCCUACCCCCCGUACCCUCCGGCCGCCGCGCAGGCCCCUCCGGGCUCGGACGUCGGGGGCCCGGGCGGCAAAGAGGCGGGCAAGGCCCCGGAGCCGGUCGGCCCCGGGGCGGCCGCCCCCACCCCGACCACGGUGAGGAUCUCGGAUUCGGGCCUGGCGGCCGUCGGCGGACAGGAGAAGCAGAAGGCGGCACGGACGCAGGCGCAGGGGGAGAAUCCCCGGAACUCCCUCCCGGCGCCCACCGGGUUCGGAGCGACGCUGGCGAGCCCGUCCCCACCCCUGGCCUUCAGCGGCGGGAGGAGCCAGUCGAACGGGGUCCCGGCGGCCGAGGGCAAGGCGGCGGGGGCGUUCGCGUUCGGCUGCGGCGGCCCCCCGGAGGCCCCCAAGGACGCCCCCCUAUCCAAGAACCUGUUCUUCCAGUGCAUGUCCCAGGCGCUGCCCUCCAGCAACUACUUCGCCACCAUCUCCGAGAGCCUGGCCGAGGAGGCCCCGGCCCGCGCCGCCUUCAAGCCGGGCCCCGGGGCCGCGGACCCCAAGGCCGGGCCCGCCCCGGACCGGAAGGCGCCCACCGAGGCCAUGCCCACCCUGACCCCGGCCUUCCCCCGGAGCCUCCUGGCCCCCCGGCCCCCGGAGGGCCACGAGAACCUCUUCCUACAGCCGCCGAAACUGUCUCGCGAGGAGCCCUCCAACCCGUUCCUGGCCUUCGCCGAGAAGGCCGACCCCGGCCCCUUCGGGGGCUUCGCCCCGCCGGCCGCCGGGGGCCCCAAGGCGGCGCCGGGCUGGCCCGACCCCCCGGCCGCGGAUCCGGCCGCCCUGGCGAAGAAGAAGACCCUGUUCAUCGCCACCGACCCCUCCGGGCCGGGCCCCGGGGCCCCGGGCCCGGGCGGGGUCCCCGGCCUGUCCGCCGUGGGCAACGGGCGCUCGGCCUCUCCCCCCGGCGGCCUGACGCAGCCCAUCGAGAUGCCCACCCUGUCGUCCAGCCCGACGGAGGAGAAGCCGGCGGUGGGGCCCGGCCAGCAGGACAACCCGCUGCUGAAGACCUUCGCCGGCGCGUUCGGCCGGCCGGCGGGAGGCUUCGCGGCGGAGGGCCGGACGGCCCCCUUCGAGGCGGUGAAGAGGUUCUCGCUGGACGAGCGCAGCCUGACGUCCAAGCCGGACUCGGACUCGAGCACCAACAGCGACCUGUCGGACAUGAGCGACUCGGAGGAGCAGCUGCAGCAGCAGGCCAAGGCCGGCCUCAAGGGCGUCCCGGACCACCUCAUGGGCAAGCUGGGCGCCAACGGGGACCGCCGGGCCGCCGACCUCCUGCUGGGCAAGGGGAAGGGGAAGACCGCGCCCAAGGGCCGCCCGCGCACAGCCCCCCUCAAAGUGGGGCAGUCGGUGCUGAAGGACAUGAGCAAGGUGCGGAAGCUGAAGCAGUCGGGCGAGCCCUUCCUCCAGGACGGGUCCUGCAUCAACGUGGCCCCUCACCUGCACAAAUGUCGCGAGUGCCGCCUGGAACGCUACCGCAAGUUCAAGGAGCAGGAGCAGGACGACUCCACCGUGGCCUGCCGCUUCUUCCACUUCCGCAGGCUCAUCUUCACCCGGAAGGGCAUUCUCCGGGUGGAAGGGUUCCUGAGCCCCCAGCAGAGCGACCCCGACGCCAUGAACCUGUGGAUUCCGUCUUCCUCCCUGGCCGAGGGCAUCGACCUGGAGACCUCCAAGUACAUCCUGGCCAACGUCGGGGACCAGUUCUGUCAGCUGGUGAUGUCGGAGAAGGAGGCCAUGAUGAUGGUGGAGCCCCACCAGAAAGUGGCGUGGAAGCGAGCCGUGCGCGGGGUCCGCGAGAUGUGCGACGUGUGCGAGACCACCCUCUUCAACAUCCACUGGGUGUGCCGCAAGUGCGGGUUCGGCGUCUGCCUGGACUGUUACCGGCUGCGGAAGAGCCGCCCCCGCAGCGAGACAGAGGAGAUCGGGGACGAAGAGGUUUUCUCGUGGCUGAAGUGUGCCAAGGGCCAGCCCCACGAACCCGAGAACCUCAUGCCCACGCAGAUCAUUCCCGGCACAGCUCUUUACAACAUCGGAGACAUGGUACACGCGGCCCGGGGCAAGUGGGGGAUUAAAGCUAACUGCCCUUGUAUUAAUCGGCAGAACAAAUCCGUGCUGAGACCGGCCGUCACCAACGGGAUGGCCCAGCUUCCCAGCACAAACCCCGCCACCUCCUCUUCCGGAAACGAAGCCCCCUUCUCUGGCGGCGGCGGGGGGGCGGCGGCGGCGGCGGCGACGGGGGGGACGGGGACGGCCCCGCCGGAAGCCGACCUCCUCCCCAAGCCCGACGCCCCCGACGCCCGAGCCGAAGAGGCGCUCAAGACGGAGGCGGCGGCCACGAGCGGCGGCGACGCCAAGGCCGCCAGGCCGCUUUCCGCCGAGACCCCGCCCCCGCCCUCUUCCGCCUUGCACUGGCUGGCCGACUUGGCGACGCAGAAGGCCAAGGAAGAAACGAAAGAAGCCGGGUCCCUGAGGUCAGUGCUCAGUAAAGAAUCCCACUCCCCCUUCGGUCUGGACUCGUUCAGCCCCAGCGCCAAGGUGUCUCCGUUAACCCCCAAGCUGUUCAACAGCCUGCUCCUCGGCCCCGCCGCCUCGGCCAACAAGGCGGAGGGCUCCAGCCUCCGAGAUCUGCUGCACUCCGGCCCCGGGAAGCUCCCGCAGGCCCCGCUCGACACGGGCAUCCCCUUCCCGCCCGUCUUCUCCGCGUCCUCGGCGGGGGUGAAGAGCAAAGCCAGCCUGCCCAACUUCCUGGACCACAUCAUCGCCUCGGUGGUGGAGAACAAGAAGACGUCGGACGCGGCCAAGAGGGCCAGCAGCCUGACGGACACCCAGAGGGAGGUGAAGGAGAUGGUGAUGGGACUGAACGUGCUGGACCCCCACACCUCCCACUCGUGGCUCUGCGACGGCCGGCUCCUCUGCCUCCACGACCCCAGCAACAAGAACAACUGGAAGAUCUUCCGGGAAUGCUGGAAGCAGGGCCAGCCGGUCCUGGUGUCGGGCGUCCACAAGAAGCUCAAGUCGGAACUCUGGAAGCCGGAAGCCUUCAGCCUGGAAUUCGGGGACCAGGACGUCGACCUCGUCAACUGCCGGAACUGCGCCAUCAUUUCCGACGUGAAAGUGCGGGACUUCUGGGAUGGGUUCGAGAUCAUUUCCAAGCGGCUCCGGUCGGAAGACGGGCAGCCGAUGGUCCUGAAGCUGAAGGACUGGCCGCCGGGGGAGGACUUCCGGGACAUGAUGCCCACCAGGUUUGAAGACCUGAUGGAGAACCUCCCUCUCCCAGAAUACACCAAGCGGGACGGCCGGCUGAACCUGGCCUCCAGGCUGCCCAGCUACUUCGUCCGGCCUGACCUGGGGCCCAAGAUGUACAACGCCUACGGCUUAAUAACGGCAGAAGAUCGGCGAGUGGGCACCACCAACCUGCACCUGGACGUGUCGGACGCGGUUAACGUCAUGGUGUACGUCGGCAUCCCCAUCGGCGAGGGGGCCCACGACGAGGAGGUCCUAAAGACGAUCGACGAAGGGGAUGCCGACGAGGUGACGAAGCAGCGGAUCCACGAAGGGAAGGAGAAGCCCGGGGCCCUGUGGCAUAUCUACGCGGCUAAGGAUGCGGAAAAGAUCCGGGAGCUGCUGAGAAAGGUGGGAGAGGAGCAGGGCCAGGAAAACCCUCCCGACCACGACCCGAUCCACGACCAGAGCUGGUACCUGGACCAGACCUUGCGCAAGCGCCUCUACGAGGAUCACGGCGUGCAGGGCUGGGCCAUCGUGCAGUUCCUGGGAGACGCCGUCUUCAUCCCCGCCGGAGCCCCCCACCAGGUUCACAAUCUGUACAGUUGCAUCAAGGUGGCGGAAGAUUUUGUAUCCCCCGAACACGUAAAGCACUGCUUCCGCCUGACCCAGGAGUUCAGGCACCUGUCCAAUACUCACACGAACCACGAGGAUAAGCUGCAGGUCAAGAACAUCAUCUACCACGCGGUCAAGGACGCCGUCGGCACACUGAAGGCUCACGAAUCCAAACUGGCACGGUCGUAGGAAUGGCCAGUCGGACCCCCGCCCCUUGUGAAGCAGGCCUUUCACUCACAGCCCCGCCAGGGAGCCGCCCGGGGGUCUCUGCUGGAGCAGAGCUGCCCCCGCCCCUCCGCCCCCCCACCCUCCCCCAGCCCGGGAGCCGCGGUGCUCAGUAUUACAAAUUCUGGCCACUGUUUCCUACGCUGCCUCAACACUGAAGGUCUAAACGGGCGAGCCGCGCUCUUCCUCACCCACGAUCCCCGACUCGGAGCCCGAGGGGCCGCGCGUGGUCACCGGCCCGUGGCCCUCCGGGAACCGGGCCCUCCCGAAACCCGCCGCGGGCCCUCGGGAGAGAUGGGGCGCCGGGAACGGGGGUCCUCUCUCCUUUCCGCCCGCGCCCAGCCUCCUUCGGGGGGGUCGUCCGACUCGCGGACGUAAGCAGGGAGCGGCCGACGGGACGGUGCCCGGCCGCCCGCCUGGACUCGCCGGACCCCGGGGGGGGAGGGAGACCAGGGCCCCCCCUUCCCCCGCCAACACCCUCCCCCACGGCCCCCCGCGCCCUCCCUGAACGCCGGGGAGGGUCCACUCGCUUCUCCCAGGAGGCCCCAGGGCUGGGAGCGUUGUGUAUUUAGUGAAGAACUAGGUUUGUAGUGAGACAGUUACGAUUUCCUGAAAGUAGAUAUUUUUAGAAUUUUUGAAACACCGCGACCGUUUUCCCGGGUUCACGGAAAGGCCCAGGACCGCCAGUCUUCCCUCCAGCCCCCCCGUCUCCGAAGAGAAAACGGCUGGGCGAAAACCAAGAGGCCCCACGAUAGCACAAAACAGCCAAAGCAGAUCUCGAGAGACCCGGCCCCGCCGGGCUGCGCUUCCGCCCCCAGCCGCCCAUCCUCCCCGUCCGGCCGCGGCCCCUCGGGAGAGCCGCCCGCGGAUGGGGGGCAUCCGAGGGGUCGAGGGGGACCCCGUGGCGCCUGGGAGCCGUGGUUGGCCCACGCGGGCCCACGCCGGGGACUCGGCGAGCCAUCCUCACCUCGGGGCUCCCGCGGCUUUCCGGAAGCGAAAGGAGAAUUGACUUUCUGACAGGCCGGUUUGGUUUUUGUUUUUUGGGUUUGUUUUUUUGGUUUUGUUUUUGUUUUUUUUUUUUUUUUCCUUUUUCUCUCUCGCCCAGAAAGGUGGUUCCCCCCCGCCGCCCCCCUCCUCCACACCUUCCGGCUCAGCGGAAGUUGUUUUCCCGGAUUCAGCGUCAACACCUGAGAGUGAUGGAUUCCAAUGUCCAGAAAGUACUUUUGGAAACUAUCUACCUUCUUUCCAGCAGUACUUUUGUGCCCCUUUGCAGGCUUGUUUAUAUGUUCACAGUUACUUCAUUUUUAAAAAAAAAAAAAUAAUAAAAAGUCAUUUACUGUAGAAUCCUUUUAAUUUCACUUUCUGUAUUUUCAUUUUGUGAAGGGCUGACUAGGAUUUCCAUGUUCUUAUUAAAAUAUAACAAAUCCACGUGGA